AUGUGCAGUUUGCCAUACAAACGAACCAGAUUCAGCUACGACAUGUUUUCUAGAGCCGUACGACCCGUACUAGCGACGAGGAGAACGUUGGCUACAGCAGCGGGUCCCAAAAAAAGCCGUGUUUGGCCAAAAGUCCUCGCAGGAUUCGGCCUUCUUGGUGGAACAUUGUAUUACACCAAUGAUAAUUUCCACGAUGCUACGAGACACGCGUUCAUUACCGCAGAGAGAAUUUCUGUUGUGACAGUCGCAACAGCUCGUUGUUUUAAAAUAUAUAAGGAUGUCUUGGGAACUGAUUUCCAGGAUGAAGAAAUAAGGAGAAACGCAAUGUCACAGGCGCAUCUGAAGGCAGCAAAGAUCACUUUGAAGGCUUUGGAGACCAACAGAGGUAUCUAUAUCAAAUUGGGCCAGCAUAUCUCGGCACUCACUUACAUUUUACCUCCUGAGUGGACUGAAACAAUGAAACCUCUUCAAGAUCAAUGCCCAAGAUCGUCCAAGGAUGAGAUCGAAGACAUGUUUCGCAAGGACAUGGGAGUUGAAUUAGAUGAAUACUUCAGUGAUUUUGACUGGAACCCCGUUGGUGUUGCAUCCUUGGCUCAGGUUCAUAUUGCCGAAGUCCGUGGCUCAGGAGAAAAGGUGGCCGUGAAAUUGCAACACCCGCUGCUCGCCGAAUUUGUGCCAUUGGACAUCUAUCUCAUUCAAACCGUCUACGAACUCAUUACAAAAGUCUUCCCUGAAUAUCCCAUGACUUGGCUCAGUGAUGAGUUGCGAAGUUCUAUCUUUGUCGAGUUGGAUUUUGUGAACGAGGCCGAAAAUGCAAUGAAAACCACUGCCGAGUUCGCCAAUAUGUACGAAUUAACUUCUUUGAGGGUUCCUCAAAUUAUUUACAGCGAAAAACGGAUCUUGGUGAUGGAGUAUGUUGCCGGAAAGAGGCUUGAUGACCUCGAGUUCAUGAAAAACAAUAAUAUCAGUCCAGCAGAAGUUUCAUCCUGUCUUUCUCAUAUCUUUAACAACAUGAUUUUCACACCAAAUGUCGGACUCCAUUGUGACCCUCAUUUGGGUAACUUGGCUAUUAGGGUCGUUGAGCCAUCAGAGAACAAGAGCGGGCACAAUUUUGAGAUCGUUCUCUAUGAUCAUGGGUUGUACAGAUACAUCCCCUUACAAAUGAAGCGUGACUACUCCCAUUUUUGGCUAGCAAUUUUAGACAACGACGUCCCUAAAAUGAAAGAGUAUGCUCAAAAAUUUGCCGGAAUCGAAGGUGACCAAAAAUUCCGUGUAUUCAUUGCAGCAAUCACGGGAAGAGAUCCGUCUACUGCACUCAACUACGAUAUUACUAAGACCAGAGACGAAACAGAGAUUGAAGCGAUUCAACUGCUGUUGUACACCGAAAGCGGUGUUUUAGAAAGUCUCAUGGAUAUACUCGCCAAUAUGCCGCGCAUCGUUUUGCUCAUCUUGAAAACCAACGACUUAACAAGAAACUUGGACGAAGGUUUAGGAAACUCGCUUGGACCCGAGCGUACCUUUCUUAUCAUGGCCAACUAUUGUGCCAGGGAUGUCUACGAAGAGUCACUUGAACUAAACAGUAAACUUUACCGUCGUUACACCUGGUCAUGGUUUGCCAGCAAUGUGAGCAGCUGGUUUGCCUACAGAAAAAGAGUGAGUUCCUUGUUCUUCUACGAUCUAGCUUUGUUCUUCCGCAACUUGAGAGGUUCAUUCUCCUAA